UCAACAAUUAAAAAAAAAUAAAAACUCUGUCGAGCUUGAAGGAGAACCCUAAACCGUCGCAGCUGCAGCCUACCACCGGCUCACUGCUUCCGUGCCGCUCCGAAGUUCUACCGGAGCUCGACUGCUCAGUCUGUCCGUUCCGGCUUCGCAUCGUGCUGUCAUCCUCUUCAUCCGUUCGCCGUUCGUAAAGAAGCGGAAGAAGGUAUAGAGAGGAAGGAUGUUGUGGGUUGACAAGUACCGUCCCAAGACUCUCGACAAUGUUAUGGUUCACAAUGACAUCGCUCAAAAUCUCAAGAAAUUGGUUACCGAACAUGAUUGCCCUCAUUUGUUGUUCUAUGGCCCAUCGGGCGCUGGCAAGAAAACACUAAUUAUGGCUCUCCUCCGCCAAAUGUUUGGACCUGGUGCUGAAAAGGUGAAGGUGGAGAAUAGGGCGUGGAAAGUUGAUGCUGGGAGUAGAUCUAUUGAUUUAGAGCUGACUACAUUAUCAAGUGCCAAUCAUAUCGAAAUGACUCCAAGUGAUGCAGGCUUUCAGGACAGAUACAUCGUUCAAGAAAUAAUCAAAGAAAUGGCCAAGAAUAGACCCAUUGAUACUAAAGGGAAGAAAGGAUUUAAAGUACUAGUGCUUAAUGAUGUUGACAAACUCUCUAGAGAAGCCCAACAUUCUCUCCGCAGAACAAUGGAGAAAUACAGUGCUUAUUGCAGAUUAAUUCUAUGUUGCAAUAGUUCUUCAAGAGUAACAGAAGCAAUCCGCUCCCGUUGUCUUAAUGUACGAAUAAAUGCACCAAGUGAAACACAGAUUGUUGAAGUUUUACAGUUCAUUGGUAAGAAAGAAGGUCUGCAACUUCCUCCUACUUUUGCUGCUCGCAUAGCAGAGAAAUCUAACCGGAAUUUAAGGAGGGCCAUAUUGUCAUUUGAGACUUGCCGUGUCCAACAGUAUCCUUUUACUGACAAGCAAACAAUUUCCCCAAUGGACUGGGAAGAAUAUAUUUCUGAAAUUGCAUCUGACAUAAUGAAGGAACAGAGCCCAAAAAGGCUGUUUCAAGUUCGGGGAAAGCUGUAUGAGUUGCUGAUCAAUUGCAUUCCUCCAGAGAUUAUUUUGAAGAGGCUUCUUUACGAGCUAUUGAGGAAACUAGAUGCAGAACUGAAGCAUGAAAUCUGCCAUUGGGCAGCAUAUUAUGAGCAUAGGAUGCGCCUCGGGCAGAAGGCAAUUUUUCACAUUGAAGCAUUUGUGGCUAAGUUUAUGAGCGUCUACAAAUCCUUCCUCAUUGCAACAUUUGGCUGAAGAAAUGGUGAUGGUUUGCUUUUCCAUGAUACAUUUAAAUUGUAUUAAUUACUCGAAAUAACUUGCAUGAUGAGUUUCCUCUCAUCUUUAGGUUUUCUGAUCUUGUAUUAAUACCGCAAUCAUGGUGGCAUAGUUCUGAUGUUUUGGUUUGUAUAGAUGUUAUGUUUUGCAUCCUAAAAUUGUGUGUACUUUGCAUGA